AUGACUAGUGCGUUUGCAGUGUCUCAACCCCACCGCCUGGCUGCCGGGCUUGUCCUCACGGCCUGUCUCCUGCUCAGCUCGGCUCGGCAUUUUGCCGUCGGCUGGCGGUACGCUCAUCCCCUCCCGCCAGCCAACUGCCUGCUCCCAGCCAGCCUCGCAGCCGGACCCCAACCUGAUCAACGACCACUCCCCCCGCCCAAAGUCAGUCCCAAGCCGUCCUCGGCCCGGAUCGCCAGCCCCGCCCGAAUCCACCGAGCAGCCACAUACAGCAGCGGAGACAGCCGAGCGUGCAGCGCCAAGAUGGCUUCACGCAACACUACCGACUCUCAAACACCAAACAGCAACACCACCAGCCUUCGCAGGGAUGACGAUAAGGGCAAGUCGGACUCCGAGCAAAACAAGACCGGCGCUGCAACCUACUAUGGCGCCGUUGUCAUCGCUGUCUUUGUCCUUAUUGCUCUCAGUAUAGUCAUUCGAAUCUUGUAUACCAGAAGGGCUCGGAGGAGGAACCCGCCAAUCGAUGAACCUGAUGCGGCAGCUCGAGAAGAUGAGGAGCGGAUGGCUAUGGAGAGGAGGGGAGAAGAAAUGGGUCUACCAACCUACCGAGAAAGUACUCAACUUCCAAACAAUGACACUGUUCUUGCCGCUACACCUAUCACCUCCACCCCCUUUGUACGAGAAAGUACAGCCGAAACGCUACCUCAUCUGGACGAUAUCCCCGAAGGCCAUACGUCCUCUUUGCCUAUAGAUGACAACGCCCAGCCUCCUAAGUAUGAAGACGAUCCAGCAGUCGGACCAAUCCCUCACCAAGCCUCCGAUCUACCUACACUGGACAUCACGAAUGAAAUGAGAAUGUCUACUCAAUCCACGGCAACACUCGUCCUGCCUUCGAUCGCAAUCCAUGAACCCGAUGAUGAAAAUCUUGCACGGAAUCAAUCAAACCCACAGAUCGCGAUCAUUCUAAAAAUAUAA